ACAUUUGAUAAUUGAAGUUUAUCAGUUAAAAAAAAGCCAACAUGCUGAGUCCAAUGUUCAGAUCACCUGAACAGAGAUAUGACAAGUAUCAUUCAAAAUCAAGUUUACACAAAUUAUCAACUACGGAAUAGUUGCAGUUGAAGUCAAUAGCUCAAUGCGGAGAGUUGAAAACAUUAACAUUAAUAUCAUUUACUGACCGGAAAUUGUUCAACAAUUUUAUUAUGGCGAUGGCGUACGAUUUUGAUGGAUCAGUUUACAAGGGAUCAGAUCUCAUCCAUGACUAUCCGUGUGAUAUUUGUAAUGAGAAUCGGAUAAAUAAUGAGGCUGAAUUCUACUGUGAAAACUGUUCAAAGCUUUUCUGUAACACUUGUUUGAAACACCAUAAUAACAUGUACAAAAAACACUGCGUUUGGAAAAGAAGACUCCGCCAAGUGGCCGGUCGCAGAGGGAAAAAAAUAUUUAUGAGAUGAAUGUCCGGACCACUAUGGUCAGAAACUGGAACUGUUCUGUACGGACAAACAAAAACUCAUGUGCUUUGCCUGCAGUGACGAGAGCAUCUGUAAAUACUGUAUGUGCUGUGAACGGGUUGCUGAUGGAAUAAAGUUUCUUCGCCAACGUGGAUAUGUUCAUCAGUUGAAAACAAAACUUGAUACUUUACGUGAGAAAUGUAUACAAAAGAAAGAAGACUUAGAGGAAAGUAUACAGUCACUUGAAAAAACAUACAACACAAUUCUGGAAGAAAUCCACAAUUUACGAGAGGAAAUCAAUGAAUAUUUAGAUACAGUGGAGAUGAAUACAGUCUCUUUGUUAGAUACUUUACUUUUGGCUGUAAAGACAUCUGUUCAAGAAGACAUCCUUGUCUGUAAACAGGUCAUUGAGGACAUGAAUCAUUCAGACAAUAAUAUGCAAAUUAUGGAAAACAACAGCGACACCUUACAAUGUAUUAUGUACAGUAAUUGUCGUGAUGAGUCAUUUAAGGCAGAAUCAAUGCUACACGGACUGACUGCAAAAAGGCGUUUACAAUAGAAUUCAAACCUGAUACAAGUAUCACAGAACUUUUGUCAACUCUGUGUGGAUUAGGAAAAGUAAGCAAAAUAAUGCAACCAUAAACUAAGAAUAGCACAGAACAAGAUGCAAGUUACUCAGCACUACAAGAAAGUUAUGUAAACAAGCCAGAACUGGUUUUCAAUCCAGCAUCAAGUUCAGCCAACAAGCCUGACCCUGACUCUCAAUAUCAAACAAAUGACGUGAACAGGCCAGACCUUGCUUCUGUUCCAACUGAAAACAACUUUGAGGGAAUAGAAUAUUCAGUUAUAAUGGAAAAUGAUUCAUAUCUAUGCAAUAUCACAGGUAUCUGCGAGACAGCUUCAGGUGAAUUCCUCCUUACUGACUUUAACAAUAAGAAGGUGAAGCUUUUGGAUCAGUUUUACAGAGUGGUGGGCCACUGCGACUUGCCUGGAACCGUCAUGGCAUGUGCAGUCAAUCCAAAUGGAGACAGGAUAUAUUUGACAAAUGAGGAAUAUAACCUGCUAGUCACAAUCGCCAGUGAUGGCACAUUGAUCUCGGAAAAGAACAUCCAUGUCCUGAAGAGGAAUCUUGAAUUAGCCCAACCUGUCCCAUCUGGUCUGCAUGUUACAGACAAUGGACAAAUUCUGGUGUGUGGAGGUAUGUCAGACCCAAACGCAAUCGUCCGGGUGAACGAUAAUGGUAAAUAUCUAGCGACACUGGCAACUGUGGUGACAGGCGAAGAUGGUGUCAAAAGCCCAGCAUCUGCCUGCUACAGAAAUCAAUAUGGCGCACUAAUUGUGGGAAUGUGGAACAAUGACAGCAUCAUGGUUUUUACACAAGAGAGUAUUACGCCUAAUUUAUGUGGAUCUUCUUUAAAAUAUACAUGGGCCAAUGUUCACAAAGCUUGUUAGGGAAAACUUAAGUUGUUCCUAGGGGAAAAUUUCAAAUCAAGUUCUCAAUAAAAAAUCUGAUGUUUACUGCUCACAAAACAGUAAAUCAUUUUCACAACGUAGUAAAAGUGACUUGUUACAAAAAAAUACAUUCUAAAAUUACCCCGAAAUAAUAUAGCCAACCAGAUUGCAACAACUACAGAGAGGGAAUUGCAUGAAUUUAAUUGAUUUCUUUAGAUUUUUCCUAUGAACAUUUGUGAAUAUUUGCCCUGGUGGCAUAGGCAGGGGGGUCAUUGGAAGGAAUUGUAGACGGACAACAGACAAAUACCAGUUUCACAAGUUCAACCCAAGUCUGCUGCAAUCGGGUGAAGUUACACAUGAACUGUACUUUUAAAACUGUUCAACUUUGUUAAUCAAAGUAUACAAUUACACAUAUGCAGCAACAUUGAAUGGUGUAGAGGUGUGUGUUAAAUUGUUCAUAUAGCAUACAUUGUUUGUGUUUUGCCGUCAAGAAUUCUGGACAUCAAAUAGACAACAUUUCAUUGAGAUAUAUGCUAUGCUGUAACAUUAUCAGUGUAUAAUUAAACACAAUGUUCACCAAAAAAAUCAUGUCAAUAAUUUUAUAGUUAUUUGAUGGACAUCUGUUCCCAGAAUUUUUGCAAAUAGUGUAUUGUCUUAUCUACUUGUUUCAUCAACAUUAUUUGAUUGCAUUU